AUGCAUCUUCCCUUGUGGUCUCUGUUCGUGGGCGCCAGCUUGGCAGUGCCAGUCAUCGACCGGCAACAACAAGCCUUGCGACCUCUUGAUCGAAAUGGCCCUUACACACCAGGCAACCGAGAUCCCUAUGACCACAAAGUUGACUCAUAUGGUAAUGACUGGCAGCCUCUGCCUUGGCGUAACGGUGACGGUGCGACCAUGAUGGGCCCCCGUAACAAGGACCGCGAGAGGCAAAACCCAGAUAUGAUUCGACCGCCCAGCACUGAUCACGGAAGCAUGUCCAACUACCAUUGGAGUUUUGCCGACUCCCAUAUCAGGAUCGAGGAAGGAGGGUGGACGCGUCAGACCACCAUCCGAGAACUGGGAUCAAGCAAAGAGAUUGCUGGUGUCAAUAUGAGACUCGAUUACGGGGUGAUUCGAGAGCUUCACUGGCACAAGGAGGCUGAGUGGGCAUACGUCCUAGAGGGCAACGUGCGCGUUACUGCUCUAGACACUGAGGGCGGCAACUUUAUCGAUGACCUUCAGAAGGGAGACUUGUGGUACUUCCCGUCCGGCCAUCCUCAUUCUCUGCAAGGGUUAAGCCCCAACGGCACUGAAUUCUUGAUUGUUUUCGACGAUGGCAACUUCAACGAAGAGUCGACCUUUUUGUUGACCGACUGGCUGGCGCAUACUCCCAAGUCGGUCCUUGGGGAGAAUUUCCGCCUCUCACCAGAAGUUUUCAAGACCAUCCCCAAGUCCGACAAAUACAUUUUCCAGGGUAGCCUCCCAGGCUCCAUCGACGAGGAGAAGCCAGAUGGCACUCACGUCAAGAAGUCUAAGCUUCAAUUCACCCACAAGAUGCUGGAUCAAGAGCCUCUCAACACGACCGGAGGUCUUGUUCGCAUCACCGAUUCGACCAACUUUCCCAUCUCCAAGACCAUCGCAGCAGCCCAUCUCGACAUUGCACCUGGUGCUAUGCGUGAGAUGCAUUGGCACCCAAAUGCCGACGAGUGGUCAUACUUCAUUAAGGGUCGUGCUCGUGUCACCAUCUUUGGGGCUGAAGGAAAUGCCAGAACCUUUGAUUACAUGGCCGGAGACGUUGGCGUCGUUCCAAGGAACAUGGGCCAUUUCAUUGAGAAUCUGAGCGAAGACGAACCCGUUGAGGUCCUAGAAAUCUUCCGAGCCGACAAGUUCCAGGACUUCUCGCUCUUCCAAUGGUUGGGCGAGACGCCCAAGAAGCUGGUGGCAGAUCACAUUUUCGCCGACGACGAAGUUGGGGCAGAAAAGUUCUUGAAGGAGAUUCAUGAUGCGGAAUACGACCCGAUCCGGGGAAAGACCGAGGAUUCUUAA